UCAUCUAUAAAACUAUAACCAGAAUUUGAUCGCAACUAUCACCAGAACCCCAUCAAAUCCUUCACCAAUGGCUCAUGGUUCCGCCACCCAAACCCACUCGAAGCUGCUUCGAGUCAUGGCUAUGAUCAUACUAACCCUGAUAUUCCUUCUGGGUCUAGCUGUGCUAAUCACUUGGAUAGUAAUCAAGCCAAAACAACUUGUUUACACCAUUGAAAAUGGUUCUGUUAGUAACUUCAGCCUAAAGUACAACCACCUUAGUGCUUCAUUUGAUUUUGUGAUUAGGGCACGUAACCCUAAUCGCAGGAUCUCUAUAUACUAUGAUUCUAUCGAUGUUUCUUUAUCUUAUGAUGAUCAAACCAUUGCAUUCAACACAUUGGAUCCAUUUCAUCAACCCCGAAGGAAUGAGACUCAACUAGAGGCAAAGCUUGAAGCUAGAGAUGCUGCAUUGUCUAGUGGGUUGGCUAAGGACUUGAAGAUUGAAAAAUCAGCAGGAAAGGUGCAGUUAGAUGUGAGAAUCAAGGCAAGAAUAAGGUAUAAGGUUGGGAUAUGGAAAUCUAAGCAUCGAACUCUUAGGAUUUUAUGUCCAUCAGUGAUGUUGCAUUUCUCUUCUUCAGAGGUUGCCCAGAGGACUUUCUGUGUCAUUGAAAAUUAGCUCAGUGUUCAUCAAUGUCAUGAUUUGUUGUGUAGAAAUUAAUUCUUUCUUUUAUCUUUUCCUUUUUUUUUUUAAUUUCGUUUCUAUUAAUUGUUAUUCUAUGGAUUUGGUAUGAUUUCUUUUUGUAUGUGAAUUUUUUAUAUAUAUUCCAAAUGUAUUUUAA